GAAUAAAACCUGGGGUCAUCGAUCCCUGAGCCUUAGGUUUCUUUCCCCUCCCUUCUCUCAUCACACUUUCUUUUCGAGCCCGGUGCUCUUUUCUUCUAACCACCACACUUUUUCUCUUUUACUUUUUACUUUUCUUCUUCCAAUCGUCAUGAAGUCAUUCACCCUGGUCUCCCUCCUCGCGUUCGCCACCUACGUCUCCGCUCAGGCUAACGGCGGUCCCCCCUUCGACCCAGCCGGUGUCAAGAACGUCGGAAAUGGCGCUGGCGGACAGUUCAUCGGUGGACAGUGCCUCAGUGGUGCCGACUGUGGAUCAGGCUGCUGUGCCGGUCCGUCCGGUAUCUGCUCGGGUGUCGGUGCCCAGACUCAGGCUGGCAAGACCGGAUGUGGCUUCACCUCCGGAUCGAGCUCCCUGAACAACGGCGCAGCUGCUCCUCCUCCAGCUGCCGCUGCUCCCCCUGCCGCCGGUGGCGCGCUCCCGCCCAACAUCGGCGGCCCUCCAUUCGACCCAGCCGGUGUUAAGAACGUCGGAAACGGCGCCGGUGGACAGUUCAUCGGUGGCCAGUGCCUGAGCGGCGCUGACUGCGGAUCAGGCUGCUGCGCCGGUCCCUCCGGUAUCUGCUCUGGCGUCGGUGCCCAGACGCAAGCCGGAAAGACUGGAUGCGGUUUCACCGCUGGAUCGAGCUCGCUCAACAACGGCGCGGCUGCCCCUCCUCCUGCUGCGGCAGCACCCCCUCCUCCACCCCCUGCCGCUGCCGCUGCUCCCCCUCCCAACGUUGGCGGACCUCCCUUUGACCCUGCCGGUGUCAAGAACGUUGGAAAUGGCAAGGGCACACAGUUCAUCGGCGGACAGUGCUUGAACGCGGCCGACUGCGCGUCCGGCUGCUGCGCGGGCCCCUCUGGUAUCUGCUCGGGUGUCGGUGCUCAGACUCAGGCUGGCAAGACUGGAUGUGGUUUCACGGCUGGCGCAAGCUCGCUCAACAACGGUGCCGCCGCGCCUCCUCCGCCCCCUGCCGCCGCUGCCGCUCCCCCUGCCAACGUCGGUGGACCUCCCUUCGACCCGGCAGGUGUCAAGAACGUCGGAAACGGUGCCGGUGGACAGUUCAUUGGUGGGCAAUGCUUGAGCGGUGCCGACUGUGGCUCUGGAUGCUGCGCCGGACCGUCAGGAAUCUGCUCUGGUGUCGGUGCCCAGACUCAGGCUGGAAAGACGGGCUGUGGAUUCAUUGCCAAGCGCUUUGUGUCUCGUCGCGGUCGUCUGCUCUAAUGACGUAUUUGGUGUAUGUAUGUAUAAGUAAAGUUGUAAUGAUGUGGUAGUAUCCCGAAACUCGAAUGUGAUGACUGCUUGGAUUUCUA